GGAACCGAGAUAGGCAUUAUACGUCAGGAACGAGACUUAUUCUUUUGGGCGGCUGAGUUCAGUUUCUUGAAACAGGGUGCACACGUCUAUCCCGGACGAUGCUUUAUCCAAAAUUUACACUCGCAGUUGUUUACACUUCGUCUUCCCCGAUCAGGGUUUUGAUAUAUUCGGUGCCACCUGCUGGACUUGGGUACUUCUUUGCUGACCGAACCCUAACUUCUCCUUUGUCAAAUCUUUGCACUUUCCUAUGUCCGACGAAGCCAAUAAGUUCAUCAGCGAGGUCUGGGGACUGCAAGGUACGGCGUACCUUGUGGUCGGACUGCGAUACUACAGCCGGGCCUCUACGCUGGGAUGGCGACACUUUGCUUGGGACGACGCCAUGAUGGCCAUAGCAAUUCUUGUUUACACGGCCGAGUCGGUUGCAGCAUACUUCGUCGUAGCAUACUGGAAAGGAUUAGCCAACAAUGGUUUGACGGAUGAACAACGGGCCGCCGUUGUCCCAGGAUCGGAAGAGUGGCAGUUGCGAGUCAACGGAUCGAAGACGCACGUCAUUGGCCUUCUCCUAUAUACAACUCUGCUGUGGCUAUUGAAGGGUUGCUGGGUCGCGUACUAUACGCGUUUAACAGAGGGCGUUAGACAUACGAAUCGUCUCAUCUUCGGGGCUAUGAUCAUUAUGCCAGUUACCUACAUUUCCUGUCUCUCGGUUGCAUUCUUCAAAUGCAUACCGUUCGACCACCAAUGGCAAAUCUAUCCCUCCCCAGGAAACCGUUGCAUGCCCGCGAUCUCUUCCAUCCAGACGAUAUUUGUCAUGACUAUGAACACCAUCACUGACUUCUAUCUGAUGGCCAUCCCACUCCCUAUGGUAUGGAAGUCACAUCUUCCAUGGCGGAAGAAGCUUGCUCUCACGUUAAUGUUCAGCGGAGGAUUCCUCGAGAUGGCUUUCGGUAUUUUGCGUUGCGUGUCUAUCCUAACGGUUGGUGACACCGACCCAGCGCAAUCCGGGUACUGGUCCGUCCGAGAGUCCUUCGUUUCAGUAGUGCUUACGAACAUGCCUAUGGUCUACCCCCUAUUCAAGAAAUUCAUUGACAAAAGCAUCGCAAGCACCAACAAAAAGAGCACCCUAGGAGAUAGCAACCGCUAUCGUCUCGGAAGCUACCCGGGAAAAAAGGGACCCAAGAGCGGGAGUCAUCCACUAUCAAUCCCAAACGAGACAGCCUGGGGUUCAGAUGAACAUAUCGUCUCCAACAAGGCCGAAAAGUCGAUUGGCGAAGAAGAAGCUUCCAUCGGCUCUUCAGACAAACAGAACCACAACCCUUCUCUCUGCCCGAAUACCAAUACUGCUCAAAUAGAGUCGGAGACCAAUCACAUCAAGCGUAAUCCGACGACGAAAAAAGCACAUGACGUUGGACAUAACCACAUCACCGUCACCAAGGAGUACACAAUCUCGAGGGUUACCCCUAACGAUGGACAAUGAGGCAGAUGGCAUUAAAGAAAGAAAAGAAAACGCCAACUGCUAGACAUGGGCCUAUUUGGUUCGACAGCUACCGGGGUACAUGAGUACUGGUGUGGAACAGGUUAAAAAUAGUGUUGUUAAAAAAGUUCUGAAUACGGAAAAUACAUGACGGCGUAAAUCUUCAUACAAUAAUCAUAAGGAACUAACGUUGUGAUAUAAUAUAAUGGAAAAUGCUUAUCUCUUGUGUUGCGACGGACACCCGAACCCGGAAAGAUCUCCCU